UCAUCAGCAUAUUCAUGGCGGGAGAUGUGAAAGAAGACUAAGAGAUGUUGGUAGAGAGGCAAAAGAUUAAGGACCCGAAACACCAAAUCCUCCAAUCUCCUUUCCUUCCCUCAAGAUCUUCACAAAUCAAACUUUUGAUCCUCACCUUCUGUGUGGUGUGUGGUGGUUUAAGGUAUCAAAGGCUUUAUUGAAAUCCAGUAAAAUGAUACGAAUUUAUAAAUUAUUGCAAAUAGAACGAGGAUGGCAUAGUCUGAUCAAAUAUGGUGACUAGAAAAAAAUGUUGGUUCAUGGUUCGAAUUAUUUUGGAUACGACUCCUGACGUGAGUCAUCAAGACCAACUAACUAUUGUAAUAAGGUUUGUUUUAUUAAAUAAUACAUCAAAGCAAAUCGAAAUUAGAGAGCAUUUUUUGGGAUUCAUUUCAAUAUCAGAUUCGACAGGACAAGGCUUAACUAAUGUUUUAUUGGAUUUUUUGGAGACUCAUAACAUUUAUUUAGGCGAUUUAAGGGGUCAGGGAUAUGAUAAUGGAGCGUAUAUGAAGGGUCGCAAUAAUGGUUUACAAAAAAAAAUUAUUGAAUUGAACCCUAGAGCUUUUUACGUGCCUUUUGUGCAGCCCAUAGCUUAAAUUUAGUUGUUAAUGACGCUGCAAAAGCAUCUUUAGAAAUUACAAGUUUCUUUGCUAUUGUGCAGGAACUUUACGUUUUUUUCUCCGCAUCAACUAAACGUUGGCAAGUUUUAAAAGAUGAAAUCCCAACGUUAACACUAAAACCUCUUUCUAGUACUGGAUGGGAAAGCAGAAUAGAUGCUCUGAAAGUUCUUACACAUAAUUUAGGAAAAAUAUAUGACGCUUUAUUUGCACUUUACUCUGAUAAUAACAGGGACUCCGAUACCAAAACUAUGGCUAAUUUAUUACUCUUAAAAAUUAAGUCGUUUAAAUUUAUUUGUUCCAUUAUUAUAUGGUAUAAUGUGUUAACAAAAAUUAAUAUUGCAAGUAAAGUGAUGCAGGAAUCCGAUGUUGCCCUACCUAAUAUUAUUUUAAUCUUAAAGUCUAAAACAUAUAUAUCUAGUAUUAGAUCAGAUGAAGGUUUCACUGAUAUUUUAGAGGAGGCCAAAAAAGUAGCCGAAGAUAUGGAUUGCGACCCUUCGUUUCCUCCGAUUAAUAUUGUUAGACCCCAAACAAAAAAGCGUUUAUUUGACUAUGAGUGUGUAGACGAGGCCCCUAAAAAUCCAGUUGAUCAGUUUAAAAUUAAUUUUUAUUUUGUUAUAUUAGAUACUACAUUAUUAAAAUUGGAAGAAAGAUUCGAGCAAAUGAAGCAACAUGAUACGUUGUUCAAUUUUCUUAACAACCUACAUAGCUUUCUCCAAAUAGAAAAAUCAAUUAGGUUUGCAAAAUGUGAAGCUCUUGAGAAAAUUUUAUAUGAUCCAUCAAAAAAUGAAAAAGAUAUUUUAGCUCAAGAUUUAUCUGAUGAAAUUGAUAAUGUUGCACCCUAUAUUUCCCCUGAAAUGAAUGCCUUAAAUGCUCUUGCCUACCUAUUUGUAAAUAACCUCAUCUAUGUUUUUCCCAAUUUAGUAAUUUCCAUUAGAAUUUUCUUAACAUUACCUGUUACAGUAGCUAGUGGAGAAAGAAGCUUUUCUUUACUCAAAAUAAUAAAAAAUUAUUUACGAUCCACAAUGGGUCAAGAGAGGCUUUCUGACUUAUCAAUAAUUAGUAUUAAAAAAGAAAUUACAGAAAAUAUAGAUGUGUCUAACAUUGUUAAAACAUUUGCAUUAAAAAAGCGAGAAAAGCAAACUUUGUAUAAUCAUUGGAUAUGUUAGC